ACCUCGUCCACGACAAACAAGGACCACUAUGGACCUGCACCGGACCAGUAUAUACAACCAAAUGGAUUAUAACCGGGAAUCUAAGGAAGAGAAGCCAGCUGUUUCGACAGAGGAUCGUCUCGACAGCGGUUUAGACUCCCUGAAAGAGGAGGAGUAUCAGGCUGUGGCCGCCGAGAUCCGUCGGCUCCAGCUGGAAUGUGAGCCCAAAACACCCGAUGUAACCGGAGAGCAGCACAAAUGGACAACACAGAUCACAGAGGACGGAGACACGUUGCUCCACCUGGCCAUCAUCCACGAAGCCAAGGACUACAUAAAGAAAAUGAUUGAACUUUCCAAGAACACACAUUUCCUGGACACACAAAAUGACCAAAGACAGACUCCUCUACACUUAGCUGUAAUAACAAAUCAGGCAGAUGUGUGUGAGCGCCUUCUGGUAGCCGGAUGUGAUCCCACGUUGGUGGACCGCAAUGGUGACACGCCGCUUCACAUUGCAUGUCGCCACGGUAACCUGCCCUGCUUCAGCGUCAUCACACAGAACUGUCUGCCCGACCAUCUAAGCAUCGUGAUGGCCACCUGCAACUAUCAUGGUCAGAACUGCCUUCAUUUGGCCUCAGUUCAUGGUUUCCUUUCACUUGUGGAAAGCCUGGUGGAUAUAGGAGCUGACAUUAAUGCAAAGGAACAGCGUAGCGGUCGUGGUGCACUGCAUCUGGCUGUGGAUCAGCAAAACCUCUCAUUGGUCCAACUGCUGCUGAGAAAAGGAGCAGACCCCAACCUCCUGACCUCUGGAGGCCACACCCCCUUUCACCUCACCUAUGGUCGUGACAAUUACGAAAUCAGGAAGGAACUGUUCUCGCUGACCAAGCCAGGCCUGAGGGAACUGCCCGACAGUGAACCAGAUGACAGCGAGGAAGAGGAGGAUGAUGAGGUGGGUUAUGAUGACAUCCAGUGGAACGGACAUUAGCAGGAAAUGUGAGAGGAAGACUAAGAGGCAGGAGGCUUUGAUGAUGACGGUGAAGGACGACAGAAGAGGCUUGGUGCGUCUACCGCUUCCUCCAGUGGCUUCAGAGAGGCCCAGUGAUGUGAACGACACAGAGCGGGCGUGACAGGACAGACGGGCAGCUGCAGAGGCAAAUCAGAGACUGGCCCACGUAUAAACCAAUGAGAGCGGCCACGGCUGUGGGAGAGGAAGUGGACGAUCAGAUGUGAAGAUACGACACAUUACUAUGGGAUGGGAUCUUGCAUCGCUGUAUGAUUAGUGGUUCAGUUAUUCUGUGGACACUGUAAAAUGUCAUCACUGAAACAUCCAUCCACACAGAUGUACCUGCAACAGCUCUGUUGUAUGAUAUUGUAAAUGCUGUGUAUACAAAGAUGUAUUUUUUAUGUAAGCUGUGAAUGUGUACAGUUGAGCAGGUUGUAUAUGUCUGACAGCAAACAGUCCAGCACACUCCAGUUAAAUUAAAACGCUCAUAUUUAACAGUA